CUCCGUUCGAGUUGAACUGUGGCGGACGUCCUCUCGCAGUUGAGUCGCUCUACUCACACAGCUUCCACGUUCACAACUCUGUAACCGAAGGGGUGUCCGGUGUCGUGGGACCCCUACUGCCUUCAUCGAUCGACACAGGCGGUGCAGUCGUCGGGUUUUCAUUCUGCUUUUGACUGCUGGCGACCAGUUUGACUUCGCAUCCCUGACCUUCACUGCGAGGCAGUUUCAGAGUUGACGGUGGCUUCAGUGGAAGGAAGGUGGCGCUUUGCAGAGUUGCGUGCUCGCUUCCCGCUAUCAAUCAGGCGAAAGAUCGUCGACUCGGUCAAGUAUGGCGGAGCCCAAGCCCUGGGUUGACAUGCCAGGCCUCCGCCGCAUGAGCUGGAGGAAGAUGGGCGCCAUUGGCGGGGCUUUGGCCUUAGCGGGGAUUGUGUUUGGGGGCCUGCUUCUUCUCGGCCUGCCCGUGCUCCUUAUUGGCGGCUUGUUGCUUCUCCUUACGUCUCCUUGCACAUGCGCCGUAGGCUGCUGCACCGCCCCGCUCUGGAUCCCCCUGCUUCUUUUUGUCGGUAUCCCGGCGCUCAUCUUCUUCGUCACCACGGCCGGCAUCACAAUGCUCCUCACAGUGUUGGCAGGCUUGACGGGUGCGGCUGGGUGGUGGAUCUACCGUUACAACCGGGGUCCGAUGCCCCCGGGCGGAGAUGCGAUGCUGAGAGUUCUCGACCGUGUGAGAGGACGAUCAAGGGAAGUGACGGAGAGGAUCUCGAAGGUUGGACAGCAAGCAGCAUCUCCUGCAGCAUGAACCCAUCGUCUUUUAAUCGGACAGAUUAAUAAGCGAUCGAAGAAGGAAAAAACACCAAUGUCCGUGGCCGCGUCGUGAAUCGCUAAGUGGAAUCUGGUCGUCUCACGGGGCAAAACGUCAGAAUUGGUUGAUUGAUUGAUUCCUCGAUUGAAGAAGAGCAGAUGCGCGAUGGGGAAGCCCGCUGAGCCUCGCAGGUUGGUCGACUGAAGGUCUAUUGUUUGCUUUGACUCCGAUCGUUGUCGGUCAGGUAGCAAUGGGUGUACGGAAAAAAAAAGAAAAAAAAUUGUUUUGAAAGCGUGUACGACACACGUGGCUGUGGGGAGAAGACGAUGUGAUCUGGAGGUGGGUUAUUGAAGAUCUGUCUGUUGACAUCCACUCGGAUCUUUGUUGGUCGAGGGAUGGGUUUNUAUUGAAGAUCUGUCUGUUGACAUCCACUCGGAUCUUUGUUGGUCGAGGGAUGGGUUUACGAACGGCGAAACCGAGGGUUUCCUGAGGACGUGCGAUAUGGCUGAGGGGACAACACAGUGGGAUCUGGAGUCGGGUUUUGUAGUGCACUAGCGAGGCGGUCUUCAGCCGGUGAAUGACCGAAGAUCAUGGAGAUGAUGAUGGGAAUCGCGAGAGCUCUUUUCUCUCAAGAUUCUCUCACGAUUCAUUACCUUUUGGUGCAUCAAGAACGGGGGUUAGUAGAUAUGGGCAUUCAAACGUAUAUUCCAGAAAUUAUACCUGCUGAUGAUCAAACGGGAUCUCGUAAAGGAAAAUCAUUUGGAGGAGGAUUAAGUGAGGUGAUGACAAGAAGGUAUGUUUGAUGAAGAUGCUCGAAUAUACUGUAGUAGUACGCUAGUAUGAGUACUUGGUCGAUUAUGUGAUAGUCACAGUAGGAUCUUGAAAGUUGAAAAAGACUCCCAGCCAUCUGUGGGUGGAACCGGGACCUUGGGACCGAAGGCCCAAGGUCUCUAGGGCCGUUGGCAAGUAUCCCAGGCCCCAGGGGGUGUGGGAUCUAAAGAGCGUUGUGGUUCAGCAAAAAAAAAGGGAAGUUUGAAAAUGGGGAUGCAUAGCGUUGCGGACGGCUUCACCUUGUUCGGGCAUUCAAUAUCCCCUUUGGCGGCAGAGGACGAGUUUAAAACCCUAUUCAGGCUGAGUAAUCAAUACUGUCUGGCUAUCUCAAGGCCGUAAGGCGCUGGGCUAGUGGCAAGCCUCCUGAUGAGACCGGAGCGCAGCCGGUUUAUUAACGUAGAGGAAUGCGUGUGCGAUGAUUCGAGCUGCUUGUACACGCUGGAUUCGCUAAUGGAAUAUUGUUUUUGCAUGUAAAGAGCAAUCCCGUCACCCUUUUCCAAAAACAACAAAAAAAAAAAAAGUAUAGAGUGGCAAGAACGCCAUAUACGAGAAGUGCAAGUGGCGAAAAAUUAGCAAUAAACACCAGCCACUGGC